CGGCGAUAAUACCAUGGGCUGUGUGACUCAGGCAUCCGUCUGUUGAAACUAUAACCUGCAUAAGUAAGUUGAUAUAAUAUAGGUGCAACCUCGUGUCCGUCUAGUCGAAAUCCUCUUCCCCCAGAAACCAUUCAAUUCCCCAAAGGAAAGGAAAGCCAGACUUACGAGUCGCCCGGCAAACGUUUUGCCAUCGACCAAAAAGCCCCGACACGAACGUCCAGGUCGUAGGCCCCGUGACGACAAAAAUUCAUCCGAGUUUCAGCCUUCACAUGUCACAGCGAGGCUCCAGCGCCCCAUUGAGAUUAUUUGGAUACAACAAAACCAGAACCCACCGCCUUCUCAGCCCAAUUUUUUCUUCGUUCAGUAUCCACCGCAAAACUUUUCCAUUCACAUAGGCACACUCAUAUACUGGGUGUCUCCCGACUACACUAAAGCAACCAAACAAAUCCCCCCAAAAACACAAUCACACCCAACAAGAUGCCUCUAUCAAUGAUGGAGCCGCUCAGCAGACCGCCGUCGCGCGACCUCACACCAACCCGACGCCUGUCCCGCGAAGAAACAUAUCACCUGGCCGACACCGCACGGAGGAAGUCCUCGGACAAGCUUAUCCGCGAGGAUCUCCGACUGAAACUCAGCCAUGAUCACCUGCUCGAGUUACUUCUGCAAGACAUUGCGCGAACAGAGCGCGAGCGCCAAACCUCACCAACAGACGAAAAGUUCUUGAUGCCACAGGAGCGAAAACGACAAUUGUCAUCGGAAGCACAGAGAGCUUCGGACGCCGAACUGGAAUUGGUGGAUGACUAUGGGUUCCCGUUGGAUCUGGAGGAUGGGGAGGAAGACCUGGGCGGAUUGACGUUAACGAGGACGAAGUCGCGAAGGCCCGUGAGAUGAAACGCAGGCCAUUGGAUGAGGCUCCAGCACUCUACACCUGUAUCCCAUCUCAUGGGACCCGACACGAUGUACGACCACUUUGAUGUUGACGACUUUUCUACUGGUUUCAAACGAUACCCCCCACACAGCGAAUGCGAUGUCCAGCCGGGCGGAUGGGCCCCCGACCCCGACUUGGAUCGCACAUCCAAGCUACGGCUUGCGAAUAAUCGAGAAUGGAUCUUCUGAGAUGUCCCCAAAUAUUGAAGCGGACAAUUACCCUCGAAGACCAUAUGGCAGGAGAUGACGGACGGAAGACCGGGACUCAGAGCGGACUAUUUGACGAGUAUAGAGUCAGGGCUUUGGGGCGAUGGGAGCGAUCAGUCACAGGCUAUUGGAUGAGGCUUUAGCACUCUACACCUGUGUCCCGCUUCCCUCGACACAAAGAACUUGCUCUGUCCGUCUUUGGUACUCUCGAGAAUCCCACGCAAAUGUGUCCGAGAAUGAGGAAGGAAUGGGGAAGUUAAUUUACAGGAUGGCAGAUAGUUCCUCGUCGAACUGAAGUGGAUAUAGAGAAUAAUGGAAAUUCCCCCAUUCAAACGGAAACAAAA